AUGAUAUUGGAGGAAUUCUAUUUGAUGAAUGUUGUGUUAUAUAUUAAUACAUUUGAUUCAUUCACAAAUUUUGUAUGUGUGAAUAAGAAGUGUCAAUCAGUGAUGAGACGAAUGCAAAGGAAUUCAUUCAUAAUUGACAAGUUUCCAUAUGACACAGCAAAAAAUCCAACUCGGAAUUUUCUUUGUUAUUUUUCACGACUUUCUAAAUUCUUCCCACAUGCAAAAACACUGUGUCUUCCUUCGUACUCGUGUCUUAUUCCACAACUCACAAACUUUAACUUUUCGUUAUUCGAAGUGAGUGAUUUUAAUGAUGCAAAACCAAUUCCCAUAAGUGAAGGUUAUGAAUACUACACAUGUUACAAAGAAGAGUGUUUUAUUACACUUGAUAACUUUAAAGAAAAAUCUUAUUUUCUUAAUCUUCCCGUUGAUAUUCUUAACCACCUCAAAACAGUAACUAUUUAUUCAUUAAAAACAGCAGAAUUCUUCAUUCAGAACGUUUAUUUAUUUGAGUCGUGUAAUAAAAUUACAUUGUGCUUUGACAACACAAAGGUAGGUGAUGAAAACAUGUUGUGGAAAAUACUAGUGGACAACAAAAGUGUGUUGUGGCGGCUUAAAAAUUUAAAAAAAUUUCGAAUUUUUUUGAAAGAUUUAAAUUCUAUUGAAAUGUUACUAAAAUUUAUAGAAGAUGCGCCAACACUCGAUAUUUGUAUUUAUAUACAAAGCACAGGGUGUAUACUCAACAGAGAAAAAGUUGAUAUGACAAACACUUUAAAUAACUUUACACAACUUAUGAAAAUUGGAAAUGUCAUAUUUCGAACUAUUGAAAAUGUAACGGAAUUUGUGAGUAAUGAAAUGCUUUCAAAAGUACCCGUGUCUGUUAUUAAUAUGCCAAAAACAAUUGAAAUGGAUGACAAAAUGAUAUCACAAAUUGUCUCGUUUACUCAGCUUUACGCGUUAGUACUUGAUCAAAUAACAUUAACCGUGAAUGUAUAUAAAAAUAUCGACAUGUCAAAAAUAGAGUGUAAAAAACUUGUUAUAAUUAACAAAAUCAAGUCAAAAAUAACAUUGAAAAUAUCACCAGUGACAUGUGUAGUAAAAUGCAACAAAGACGAUAAAAUUUUAUUGUACUCUUCACAAAAUGUGACAAUUUCAUUGCAACAAUAUUACGAAUUGACAUUUUUAGACGUAGUCACUGAUAUUAAUUUCUUUGUUAAUUCAGAGAGUGACAGUGGAGAUGACGAAAGUGAUUCUGAAGAUCAAAUUAUCGAAGUUAAUAAAAACAUCAAAUUAUUCGAAAAAAUUUCAGAGCAAAUAGAAAUUUUAAACUUCACAAAAAAUCCAAUUGAAGCUUCUCGUCUUUUUGAAGUCUCUCAAACCCCAGUACUUGUACCACAAACAUUAAAUAUAAAAAAGUUAUCAGAAGUUGCUUAUUGUUCGCAAAAAGACCAUGAGUACAUUCCAAGACGCAAUUUACAGACUUUGUUUAAUUGUUCCACCAAUUUGACUUCACUGAAAAUUGAGAAUAUUAAUGGAGAACACAUUUUAAACAAAAAGUUGGUCUUUUUAGAUAAAUUUAGAUUAAAAAACCUUCAAUUAAAAGAUUGUAGAAAUUGCAUUUUUGAACUGCCAAACACUUUAACUGGACUUUCCAUUUUCAAUACAAAUAACAGCAAUUAUUACUAUGGAAAAGAAACGAUCUAUCUCAAGUCACUUUGUUUGGCAUUGGUUGAAGAUUAUCCCGAAGACCUAACACAUUAUAAUAUACCAAAAAAUGUUGUUGUUGAUUACACCGUUCAGUUUGAUGAAUUGAAGGAGUAUCCAGAUGAGAGUUAUUAUAGAAAUGUUCAUCUUGGUGCUUUUAAGUACAAGGAAAUUCGCAUUGGGGUUUAUCCAUUCGAAAGAAGAACAUUUGUAAAUACUAAAACGUGGAAUAAAGCAUACGAGGAGUGUCGAGAUAGUAAUAAUACUAUUGAUUUUAAUAAAAAGCAAAAAAUGGAAGAAGAAACAGUUUUUGUUCUUGAAAAUAAUGCGUUCCAAGGAGAGCAAUGUUGUUUUGAUUUUGGUUCUUUGGGAAGAGUCAAGGAAAUUGGUGACUUUUGCUUCAAAAAUUGCACGUGUUUUUUGAAUGAUUUAUAUCUACCAUAUGGACUGACUAAAAUAGGGUAUGGCGCGUUCCAAAAUAUCACAACACUAGAGGCCGUUCACCUGAAUGAAAGUAUUACAAAACUCCCUUAUAAGUGCUUUGCCGGUGAUAUUUAUUUAAAAGAAAUAACAUCUCCAUUAAAAGUAGUUGAAGUUGACGAAUAUGCCUUGUGGGAGUGCAAAAUUCUAGAAAAAUACCCAAAAUUUGUACCUUCAAAGUGUGUAAAAAGUGACGAUUGGUGGACACUGAAGUUCUGCAAUAUAACAAAAUUGGAAGUGCCAGAAUAUGUAGACGAACAUUUAAUUUUGUAUUUGAAAGGAUUGACAUCACUUAAGUGUGUUAACAUAAAGAACACGAUGUGUUUGAUUGGAAAACAGUGUUUUGUGGGAUGCAGUAACAUUAAAAAUAUUUGUUUGAACGAAAGUGUGAGAUUUGAUAAACAUCUUGUAUUCGCCAAUUUGUCUUCACUCACUUCAAUCACACUUCCAACUACACUUACAAAAAUUCGAAACUUUAUGUUUAAAAACUGUAUUAAAUUAAAAGAUGUUAUUAUAAAGAAAGGUGUUGUCAAAAUAGGCGACUCGGCUUUUCAAAAUUGUGAAAGUCUUAAGAAGGUUAACAUCCCACAAAGUGUCACAAAAAUUGGAUUAUCAUGUUUUAAAGGAUGUAUAUCAUUGUGCGAAAUAUGUUGUUCUAGUUCAUUACAAUUUCCAUUAUCAAGUUUAUUUGGUGUACAAGCAUCAUUUAAUUUAAUUCGAUAUAUUUUUAUUUAA